UCACAUUCAAGAUGAAUAUACUCGAGUCAAUCCUGACGAUGAUGAAUGUAAUCAGAGGCUGCGACUGAGAGCGGCACGGCGGGGGUUAACGAGCGGCGGCCGAAGCAGCGGCGGAGGGAGCCGAACCCGGUUCGGCACUCGGAAGGUGGCGUCAGCGCCGCCGCAGGAAGCCGCGCUGUCACGGUACCUCCGAAGCCCCUCCGACAAGCGGCGGCUACGGUGGGGAGGUGAUCGGCUUCUGGAGGCGGAGCAGAGAUGUGGACUUCGGUGCGGUUGACGGGAGGAUAGUCUUUGCUACGGGGAAAGGGGAAGGAAGGACCGACGAGUGCAAAAAAAUCAACCGGAGGGGAAGAAUGUCUCCUCCUUGUAUUGAAUGGACUGGUUAUGAAAUACUUAUUAAUCGUUUGUUUUUGCUGGAAGGCCCUGUGCAUCGCUCCGCAGUGUCCCUUAAAACCGCACUGAUGUUCUGGAGACUAUCAGUGGGAUAAGGGUUUCCAUUGCGACUGCAGUGAUCUGUUCCAUCAUUCAGCUUCUGUUAGGAGACAUGUACGCUCUCUCUAGUAAAGACUUUGUGUCCCUGACCGUCACUGAGGGGGGGGACGGCAGAUAUAACAAUGGCAAGCAGCGGCGUCGUCAGUCCUGGUGGAGGAGAUGGAAGCAGCUGUCCCGGCUGCAGCGCACCUUGAUCCUCCUCCUGCUGAGCGCAGUGGUGGUUUGCGGGACCGCGAUGUACCCCAGCCUGAUGCCGUUCCCGACAGAUGUUUCUCUGCUAGCGGGAGAGGACAACUGGAAAGGAAUGGACACCGGAACCCUGAAGCCUGCCCUUCCGGGGGUCAUUCCCGAGGUGGUCCCCAGAGCGGUCCCAGCCCCGGAGAAACUCGAGCUGCCCACUGAGCAGAACAGGCCGGCACCCAACAAGCACAGACCUGUGGUCCCGCACAAGCGUCAGAGGAGUAGGGGGAAUGUGUCUGGUGGACCGACGAAGGAGAGUCAGGGACCGUCAGAAGAGAGGGGUGCAGAGACGGCGGACGGGGAGAAGCCGCUUGUCAGCUGGCGAGGGGCCAUAAUCGAGGCAGAGCAGGUCACGGAGGCCCAGCACAUGGAAGCCCAGCCCUCCACCAGACAGAGGGAGGCCCCCCCAGCAGGGCCAGGACAAGCAGUGCCACAGGUGGCAGCCACAGGACUAACAGAACCCAUCGACCGGGCAGAGGCGGUGCGUGAGGCCUUCAGGCACGCGUGGAAGGGCUACCGAGAUUUCGCCUGGGGGCACGAUGAGCUGAAGCCCAUAUCUAAGUCCUAUGGGGAGUGGUUCGGCCUGGGCCUGACCCUGGUGGACGCGCUGGACACCAUGUGGAUCCUGGGCCUGAAAGAAGAGUUUGAGGAGGCAAAGAAGUGGGUGGCCACCGAGCUGAAUUUCUCCAAGAACAUGGAUGUGAACCUCUUUGAGACCACCAUCCGCAUCCUGGGGGGUCUGCUCAGCACGUACCACCUGACCGGGGACAGGUUUUUCUUCGAUAAGGCCAAAGACAUUGGGACCCGACUGAUGCCUGCCUUCAAGACACCUUCUAAGAUCCCAUACUCCGACGUGAACAUCGGCCAGGGCAAAGCCAGACCCCCCCGCUGGACCUCGGACAGCACCGUGGCGGAGGUCACCAGCAUCCAGCUGGAGUUUCGAGAGCUGAGCCGGCUCACCCAGGACCCCCAGUUCCAGAACGCGGUGGAUGAGGUGAUGAAGAUUGUCCACCGUCUGGACGGGAAGCACGACGGCCUGGUGCCCAAAUUCAUCAACACGAACAGCGGGCAGUUCACGCACCGGGGCGUGUUCACGCUGGGCGCUCGAGCUGACAGCUACUACGAGUACCUGCUCAAGCAGUGGAUCCAGAGUGGCAAGAAGGAGAAUGAGCUGGUGGAGGACUAUCUGCAGGCUGUGGAAGGUGUAAAGAAAAACCUGCUCCGGGUGACCGCCCCCCGCAGACUGACCUUUGUGGGGGAGCUCUCCCAUGGCCGCUUCAGUGCCAAAAUGGACCACCUGGUGUGUUUCCUGCCAGGCACGCUGGCACUGGGCACACACCACGGCCUCCCCGCCGACCACAUGGAGCUGGCAGCGCGGCUCGUGGAGACUUGCUACCAGAUGUACGCGCAGAUGGAGACGGGCCUGAGCCCCGAGAUCGCCCAGUUCAACCUGCAGCCCCGUAACAGCCGCGACAUUGAAGUUAAGGCUGCAGACAGACACAACCUCCUGCGGCCAGAGACAGUCGAGAGCCUGUUUUACCUGUACAGGUUCACUCAGGACCAGAAGUACCGUGACUGGGGCUGGGAGAUCUUUCAGAGCUUCAACAAGCACGCCAGGGUUUCCACUGGCGGCUACACCUCCAUCGGUAACGUCCGCGACCCCGCGAACCCCCGCCCUAAAGACAAGAUGGAGAGCUUCUUCCUGGGAGAGACGCUCAAAUACCUCUACCUGCUCUUCUCUGACGAUCCGAGCCUGGUCAGCCUGGACGAGUAUGUUUUCAACACGGAGGGACACCCCCUGCCCAUUUGGCCGUCUGGCUCUUGAAUGCGGGGCGGGGGGGGGGGGGGGGACUGCCCUGGAGAAGCCUACAGGGCUCAGGGGACUUUUCUUUUGAGCCUAUCAGCUCUCCCGGUUUGCGGCUUUGCUACUUUGUGUCGUUCAGAUUGAGGAACCAUACUGUAUCCGUGGAAACGUAAGGGCCAGAAUUUUAUUGGCUGUGACUCUGACUGUGUCACUCAGCUUGCUCAGCCCCAAGCAGAGUUUUAUAGGGAAUAAAUCCCAAAUGCCAGAAAUGACAACCUGGGCUGGUUCCGGCAUGUGAUUUAGCUGUUUGUGGGGGAACAACAUCCAUGGAGGUUGACCAACCCCCAAUCAAGGUCUUGCUGAGGUCUACCAGAGGAGAUUUUGAGGUGCCUCGAUGUUUCUGGGGAACGGCAGCAAAAAAGUAACUGUUGUGACUGAGCUUAUACGCUGUGCAGCUUCCUCAGUGAGAACCGCCAAGCGCAUUCUAAUAGCACGUCCAUAACCGUGUUGUGGCAAGAAACUUUCUGCUGAGCUUAAUGUUAGAAGCUGCUUUCAAAGAGGAGGUGGACAGGGGUCCAUCCUAUCCAUUAAUGACCCGUCCAUCAGCUUGCACCCGGGGUCCGCGCUGUGCCGUGAGGGAGCUGUCACUCUUUCCUGUCUGUCUGCAGCUACCCUUCCUUUUACAGCCAGUCCUUUUUCUGAAGUACAAAUAAAUAUCCCGCUUGACUGAGUGAUUCGAACUUGAGGUCAUUUCCCUGUCCUUAACCAGUGAGGUUUCCAAUUUAUGAGUAAGUAGAGAAUUUCCCAUCCUGAAAGGAGAAUGAAGUGUGUGUGUGAGAAUUAUGUUUAUAUUACAUUGUGGGGACCAAAUGUCCUCCACAUUAUAAUAAAAACCUGUUUUUUGAUGCUGUGGGGACCAUUUCCAGGUCCCCACAAAGAUCUGUGACUGCAAUCAAAAAAGUAUAAAUGCUAAACAUCUCGCAUUUUGCUUGGUUACCUACGGUUAAGGUUAGGGCUGGUUAGGGGUUAAGGUCAUCAUGUUGGGAUUAGAGUUUUCCCCAUAGAAAUGAAUGGAGAGUCCCCACAAAUUACAAAGCAAUGUGUUUGUGUGUGUUUGUUUGUUUGUUUGUUUUAGUUGUAUUGUAAAUGGUCUCAUAGACAUUUGCUGUGUUUCAGUGAUUUAAAAACAGCCCUGGAAAAUCGCACGGUAACUAUCUCUGGGUACCACCUGGCUAUCUUUGCCUGUCUGACAGAAGCUAGUGUUUGGUUUUGGUAUUUCUGUCACUUGUGUUUCCAGCCACCUAAGUCACGUCUUGAGCAGUUGAGGAUGCUGGUGCUUUUGCAGAGUGCCAUUUCUUUGCUGUGGCUUUUCCCUGCUAUCAUUUGGAAUUCUUUUUACCGUGAGAGCUGCAGCUUCAAUAAAAAAGGCAGCAUUCAGAUAUGAGGUGACGACAGGCCGCCUUAUCGCCUGUCCGUUUCUAGUCAUAGAAUGAAAAUAAAUUUAAGAACUGGUUUCUGGGUGAUCUCAAUGGAAUGUGAUGCUUUAAGAACAGGCCUGACAGCCUCUUUAAUCACCCUGUUUCUUAUUUGUAUGCUACGUGUUAAUAUUAGGGUUUUAACCAGCCGCAUGGCUGGAUGUUUACCUAGAAGCAGAUUGGCAGGAAUGGUUAGCCAGUUCUGCUGGUAAGCCCAGCGUGUUUUGACUACAAUCCUCCACACUGUCUUGAUAAAAGGACCUUCUUUUGUCUAUGGGAAUGUGCAUUCGCGCUGUGUCCCUUCCCAAGGCUUCAUUAACGGCAUAUUUUCAAUCUCCUCUGCGUCCGCAACAUUGAAGACAAGGAGAAAAUCGUUUUUACAAUCUGUUAGCCUGGCCUCAACAUUUCGAAAUGGGAUGGUACAGAUCAGAAAUACAGCAGAGACUGCAGUACAUUUACUGACCUAUUAUUUCCCACAUAAUGAAAAUGGGAAGAAAUCCCUUCUUGCAUGCAGAAACGAAGAAGGAUCAACGUUUGAAUAAAAAUCAGCUUGGGGGUUAAUCCUUUAGGUUUUAUAGUCAUUGCUUUAAAUUAACCAGACCAAAAAUAAUUAGCCCUUCCAUAGCCUGGCUUAAAUUAUGCCAGGGAACAUGAAUUGCUCUCUUAUUAAAAACCAUACAUAAAUGAACUUUAAACACUCGCUGAAAUGUGAGGAAAGACAUUCAAGCAAUGGGGUCAACUAUCUUUUACAUUUCUAAAUAUGUAUAAUUAGUACAUUCAAUGACCGGGCCAAGCCCAUACUACAUUUUAAAAUGCCCUGGUUCAAACUAAAGGCGUUUAAUUUUGUUGCUUUAUUUUAAUAAUGCAAGAACCUGUAAAAUUCCAUUAAUGUCCGGGAGGUUUUGGCUUUGGUGCCGUACUUUCGCUGCGUUAUAAAGCAACCGCACCUGACUGGAAGCCGAUUGCAAUUACUGUUUUUCAAAUACUCUUAUCCUUCAUGUCAAGACCGUAUAUCCAGGCAGAAUGCGCACGUUAAAACCUGUAAAUGUCACUCAUUCUACAAUAAAAUUUUGGUGGGAAGA